GCGGGUCUGCUUCGCUUCUGCCCCCGCGCGUUCCCCCGUCGGCGCUCUGCAGGAAGUGCUAGUACAUAGCCCACCAUCGCCGGAUUUCUCGUCUCCCAUUCUCCUCUCUGUUCCUAUCCCUCCUCAGCGCUACACUCUCUCUCCCUCUCUCUCUGCCUCUCCCUUUCCCGCCCCAGUACCGUCUCUUCUCCCGUGCCAUACAGGGAGGCUCGCGCAUACACACCCGGACAAAGCCACACACACAUACUUACUCGGACCGGCGGGGGGGGAGAGAGAGAGAGAGAGAGAGAGAGAGAGAGAGAGAGAGAGAGAGAGAGAGAGAGAGAGAGAGAGAGAGAGAGAGAGAGAGAGAAAUGGUUGGUGCGUUGGAAGAUAAAUCGGGACUGGUGUACUUGACGCGUCUGCAGAAAACGGUGCUGUUGUGGGAUUACUAUGCCAUUCAAGCGAAGCUAGAGAAGUUCGCAGGUGCUGGCAAGAAGAGGAAGAGACAGACUGGUAAUGAUGACGAGGAAGGGGAUAAAGGAGAUUCGACGGACGGUGUAGAUGUGGCCAAAAAAGGGAAAACAGAGGAAAAUGACGAGGAGGAGGAGGAGGAAGAGGAGGGUGAGGAGGAGGCGGAGGGGGAGGAGAAAGAGGAGGAGGAGGAGGAGGACGACGAGGAGUUGUCCAAACUGCGGGAUGUUCCUGUGCGCUUUACUGACAUCAACGAUUAUCUUAGUGUUUUUGAACCAUUGCUGCUCGAAGAGUGCAAGGUGCAGAUCCUGAGGGGCGAACAAGACGCAGGCAAAAGAAGUCAAAAUGCGGACAAUGAUUGCUGCACAAACUCUCUGACUUCUUUUGCCCGUCUUCUUAGGGCAGAGUUGGUGCAGCAAUCAUUGUCCGCUACCUUCCACAUUUGACACAAAUGAAUUAUAAUUUAUAAU